AAAACAACCCACCCACAACGAAACGCAGCCGGAAUGGGACUCUUCGGCCACUCAACCUCCCACUCCGUCCUCCUCGAGCCCUUCCACCCGCCCAUCGGCCUCAACGCCGCCUUCUGUAUGCCCCUCGUCGAGACGCUCGCCAUGAAGGAGAAUAUGUGGAGCUUUAGCGGAGACGACUUUAGUAUUCAGAAUUCGGCGGGGUAGGGUGUGAUGAGAUGUCAUGAGCAGGCGCUUAGUUGGCAGGAUCAUAAGGAAUUCAGAGACGCAAGUCAAAUGCCGCUCUUCACCGUUCAUGAAAAAGCUUUCGCGCUCCACAAGACGUAGUUGAUCGAGGCCAUGGAUGGGGCUGAUCUCUUUACGGUCAAGAAGAAGUUCCCUAUCGGCUCUUCCCGCAUGAUCGCCUCCUUCCCCAACCUCGCAUCCGCCAACGCUGCCUCCUCCUCGCACGACCUCAUGGAGUUGGAACGUGAAAGAGAUCAGUUCGAUUGCUCCGUCACUCACCUCCCUUCUCAACCCCUAUCCGCCCCUCGCCAUCAUGCGAAGGUUCUACUCGCCUCUCGAGUUCCACUACUCUCGUCCGCGUACGGACACUCGUAUGACUUGGCCCUCACCCGUCUACUCCGUACUCGUACCUCCGCAUCCACCUACGACGCACAUUGGUUGACGAUCGACACUGGUCAAUCGCCACACAACCUCACGCUACGAAGGAAGGCCGUGAUGAUAGAGGUGGUAUGAGGCGAAGUUUUCUCGAGGUGUCGGUCUGAAGGCUUGUCCGAUUGUCUUCCCCAAUUGCUCCGCACAAUACUAUCCUUCCUUGCCUUUCUAGCAUAUCAAAUACACCUCUUCGAGCUUAACCGACCCCUAUCACUGAGCGCAUCGCGAACGAUGCAACUCUUCCGCACGAUCAUUCCAUCAGCGGCCGGCUGUCCCUCGACACUUUCACCUCAACCUCAUCCACGCCAAACCUCUGAAAUAUCGGCACACAAUCUGGACUAAGAUGCGGUCUUCUCGAUGGCUUUUUGGGUGGUGUAGCAGGAGAGGAAGCCAUGGAGGAGGGGCUCGACGGAUGGCAAGUACAUAUGAUAGUCAACUUUCGCAAUUCAAUAUUUUUGCCUUUGCUGUGCUUUGAACGGUGGCCACCACGAGAUCCCUCGGUCCCCAGCUCUCCUAACAACGUUAUCUACACGACCACCAUGCCCCGCACUCUGCCCCGAUUUAUCUCUCAUAUCCGCCGUCGAAUUAUCAGUAAUUUUCAAGCUCAAGUUCUAUCGCACGCACCUAUAUGCCGACUUCCGCAUCCGUCACAUCGCCCAUCGAUCACUCUCUCCAAUGCCUACCGCGCGCUAAAGCUCUCCUUUCACCGUCGCCACGACAUCUCCUGAACCAUUGGCCCGAACACGUCAUUCAGCUGAAGGAUGUAGUUGACGAUUCGAGCGAGGUUGGUGGUAUAGCAAGAUGGGAGAUGCUUGAAGGUCGUUCCUUAACGCAUAUAUUCAUGGGGAUGGACGAGCUCGGGUUUCUAACCCUGAUACUCUUCGACUCUCGUGUACUCAGGCCACGCUCGCCACUGCCAAGCAACCCACCUCACUCUUCCUGAGGAUGUCAGGCUGACGGACGAAUGCUGCAGUCUGUAUGGCGCUCGCUGCGUGAUCAACUGGAACUGUAGGGCCGUAGUCGAGUGUGCUGAAUUUGAUGGAUGAGAUGAAGUUGCGUUCGUAUGCUGCGGGAGAUGCUGCUCCCGAUAGUCUUCAGGGUCGGCCUCAGAUUGUGGGUUUACCCGUAUUUUUUCCAUGCCGUCGUCUUUGUUCUCGUCGCCUAGGUUAAUGACUCUCAGGGGUCAGGAAAUGUUCCCUCACUCUCGCGACUUCUCUCCUCUUCGCAUAACAAUCCCCACAUAUACCUUUUUACAUCUCUUCCGUUCUCGUAAUAUCGCUCCCGACCUUAUAUGUAUUUGGUCUCUUUCCCUGUAUUACACGAUGCCUUUGAGACCACGGUGUCCGAUUUUUGAAC